ACAUACGGGGUUUUUCCUUACGGUGAGCCGUGGAAGUGAAAAAUAUAUACAGCCAUACAGGCGCUUAUAUAAAUUGUUCUGAUCAAGACCGAAAAGAAAAGGGCUGCACCCAUUUGCAUCGAAGCUCAAAUUCUUGAACUAAAAGACCCUCAAUUCACAAGCUUAGAGGUUCGUUUCAGUUUCGUCAAUAUGUCAGUUCAACUGAUUCCGACUAAGAGAAAGCACGACCGUAAUGAGCCAGAAGUUAGGGGAAAGUGGCAAAAGACUGCAGCUCGUGCUUCACAGAGUUUGGGAAGCCCUCUUGAAACCACUUUCCUCCGCGUACUUUGUCCUGUAUCGAAAGGUGACAGUGUAAUCAGUAAGGAUGGGGGCAUCAUCUUACAAAUUUAUCAAAGAACAGGUGCAAUGGUCAGAGUUGAGGAAAUUGUUCCCGGAUGUGAUGAAAGGGUCAUUGUCAUUCUUGAGUCUGACAAGGAAAAUGGAGGUGGCAGUAAUCAGAACAAAGAGGGGGAAGGAAAAAAUACCAGUGUUGAAGGUGGCAGUGAACAGAAGAAAGAGGAGGAAGAAAAGAAUACUAGUGAUGAAGUUGGCGAUGCAGAUGAACAAGAGAAUGAUGGUCAAGAUAAACAUUCUGUUGCUGCCGGGGAUGCAGGAUCGGAAAAGGGACCUUCUGCUGCUCAGAAAGCGCUGUUACUUGUUUUUGAAAAGAUUGCCGAGAGAGAACAAGAAACAGAUGGGGGUAAUGAAGUAAAUCAGAAGGCUUCAAUAUGUACUGUGAGGUUGCUUAUUCUUUCUACCCAAUUGGGCUGCAUUUUGGGGAAAGGAGGUAGUGUAAUUAGACAAAUGGUGUCGGAAAGCGGGGCACAAAUUAGAAUUAUUCCUUCGGAUAAGAAACCUGUCUGUGCCUCUACUCAUGAUGACGUGGUCCAGAUAACUGGGAGCCUGGAUAAGGUAAGGAGAGCUCUUUUAUGUGUCUCGCAACAGCUUUUGGAGCAUCCUCUCCGGGGUGAUGAAUCACUAGCUAUCAACACCACCAGGCCAUCUCAAUCUUCUGAUCAUCUUUUUCCGAGGCUAAAGACCUACCCCGUACGAAACUUUCCUUUUCCAUCUCAAGGACCCCCUUAUGUUGUUCCUCGCGAUGGUGAAAAUGGCAUCCUAGGCCACGUGAAUCCUUCACGGUAUAUCCUGACAUUUCGGUUACUCUGCCCUGCUGAAAGAGCUGGAGGUGUGGUUGGGAAGGGAGGAUCUAUUGUCAACACAUUACAACAGGAGACCGGCUGUGAAAUAAAAGUAAUUGGUGGCUUAGAUUCAGAGGAUCGUGUCAUCAUCAUAUCGGGUCCAGCGCAUUCAGCUGAUAGAAUAUCUGCUCCGCAAGAUGGAGUUCUCCGUGUCCAGGCCAGGAUAGUUGCGGCUUCUUCUGAGGGUAAGGAGAAAACAGCUGUGGCAAAAAUUCUUGUAUUCUCCAAUCAAAUUGGUUGUCUCCUGGGCAAAGGUGGUGCUAUCAUAACUGAAAUGAGGAAGUUUACUGGGGCUUAUAUACGUAUAAUGCCGAAGGAUCAUAUUCCAAAAUGUGCCUCAGAGAAUGAAGAAGUAAUUCAGAUAAAGGGAGAAUUUGACCAAGUUCAAGAAGCCCUACUGCACAUAACUGACAGACUGCGUGAAAAUUUCUUCCGUAAUGUAGUUCCUUUCAUGAAGAAUCCUUCAAAUCAUGCAUUUCCAGAUCAAGGACCCCCAUUUCUUUCAAACAUGGAAAGAAUUGAACUAUCACCGCCUAGAACGUAUUUCAGCCUCACCCCAUCAACUCACAAAUUUAAUGUUGGUGGGCCUCCUACGCAUGGGGGAUUUGAUCUGCAUGAGGAUCGCACUCCUCUUAUGCACAAUAUCCACAGACCAGGCUUUCCCCCUCAUAUUUCUGAAAGGAUGCUACCUGCAGCCACAUGGAGUUCUCAGGGACUAAGUGAAGGUGGUGGACGUAUAGGUUUGCCAGACUAUUCCGGAGGCCCAGACAGAAGAAUGACUGGAUCUGGAGGGGGAAGCCAACAUGCUAUCAUCACUAGCACCACUUUGGAAGUACUAGUUCCCCGUUCAGCUGUACCUGCAAUUUAUGGCGAGGAUGGUGAAUGUCUAAAACAAAUCCGAGAGAUAUCUGAUGCCAAGAUUACGAUUACUGAUCCAAAACCUGGAGCAGCAGAAACUGCAAUUAUAAUAUCCGGUACCCCUGAACAGACGUGUGCAGCACAGAGUCUAAUACAUGCAUUUGUCAUUAGCGAGUCCAUUGCAGCAUAAUCUCUUAAUUUGAGAUAACUUGCAAAUUGCUGAUAAUGACUUUCUGUGAGCUAAAGAUUGUGGGGACUUGCUUUUCGCUGAUACUGACUCUUUGAGAGCUGAAGAUUGUGGUUAACAUAAUACCGGCCUUCUAAGUUGGUUCAUCCGAAUUGUGGAUUGGAUUCGUCUGUUGUAGUUGUAACUUAAUGCUUUCUUCAGUUGAAAUCUUUUUGAAAGAUCAAGUUGUGAUGAUAGUGGGGAAUGCCAUGAUUGUCAUGAAAAUAGAUGUUUUAAACUUCAACUGUCAAACUUAAUCGCCAGCAAGUUCAGAUCUUUCAGAAACUA